AUGGGUGCCUUUGAUCUUGACGAAGGUUCGUUGAGGCUUCACUUCAUUCCGUACCCAUCACCGGGCCACAUGAUCCCUCUCUGCGACAUAGCAAGGCUCUUCUCCUCACGUGGACAUCACGUGACCAUCCUCACCACCCCUUCCAACGCCCAUACCCUCCAUAAAUUCAUCUCCCACCGCCUCCGCCUCCACACCGUCCACUUCCCUUCCCGCCAGCUCGGACUCCCUGACGGCGUCGAAAACCUCGCCGCAGUCAACAAUGUUGAGGACUCCGUCAAGGUCCACGAAGCCGCCAUGCUGCUCCGCGGACCAAUGGAGCGCUUCUUGGAGCGCAACCCACCCGAUUGCAUUGUGGCAGAUUUCUUCUUCCCAUGGGUGCAUGACGUGGCAACCAAGCUUCGUAUCCCGAGGCUUGUCUUCAACGGCUUCUCCCUCUUCGCCGUAUGCGCCAUGCACUCCAUCUACGCUAACCCUAUCGAAUCCUAUUCCAAUUCCGAUCCCAACGUCGUUCGUGACCUGCCACACCGUAUCACUCUCAAGGCAACACCACCGAAAGUGUUGAUUGAUUCAACAAAGCCACUGCUCGAGAUGGAGCUCAAAAGCCAUGGCAUUAUCGUUAACAACUUCGCCGAACUGGAUGGAGAAGAGUAUAUCCAACACUACGAGAAAACCACGGGGCACAAGGCGUGGCAUGUUGGCCCUGUGUCUCUGAUCUGCAGAACCGCCGAAGAAAAAACAGAGAGGGGUCAAGAGAGCGUGGUGUGCGCGCAUAAGUGCCUGAGUUGGCUCAACUCGAAGCGAGCGAAUUCGGUACUCUACAUAUGCUUCGGGAGUAUUAACCAGUUCUCGGAUAAGCAGCUAUACGAGAUAGCCUGCGCGGUGGAAGCGUCGGGUUGCGAUUUCGUCUGGGUGGUGCCGGAGAAGAAAGGGAAGGAGGAUGAGAGCGAGGAGGAGAAGGCCAAGUGGAUGCCGAAGGGUUUUGAGAAGAGGAACAUGACCAAAGGGAUCAUUAUAAGAGGGUGGGCCCCGCAGGUUUUGAUACUAGGCCACCUCUCAGUGGGAGCGUUUCUUACGCAUUGUGGGUGGAACUCCACCGUGGAGGCAGUGAGCGCUGGGGUUCCGAUGAUUAUGUGGCCGGUGCAUGAUGAACAGUUUUAUAAUGAGAAACUUAUAAGUGAGGUGCAUGGGAUUGGGGUGGAGGUUGGUGCAGAGGAGUGGAAUGUCAUUGGUUUUGUGGUGAAGAAGAAGGUGGUGGGAAGAGAGAGCAUAGAGAAAGCUGUGAGGAAGCUGAUGGAUGGUGGUGAUGAAGCGGAGAAAAUCAGACGACGUGCAAGAGAGCUUGGGAAGAAGGCUAGAGCAGCGGUUGAGGAAGGUGGAUCGUCACAUAAGAAUCUGACGUCUCUCAUUGAUGAACUCAAACGGUUAAGAGACUCUUCAAGCUAA